AUGAAAGACGCUCUAGAACAGGGGAUGUCAGGGAAUGAUUUGGGUGUGCAUGUUUACAAGAUAAACCAACGAUUUCAUAUAAAGAGCAAGGAGACGAAAGCCCCAAAUGAAUCCUUAAGAAGCCCUCGCGCCUACCCCAACUGCCAAGUGAAAAGCUCUGAGCUUGGAGGUAGAACUUCUGGAUUAUCCAACAAAAAUUUCUUAUUUUGUGAGCAAACUAAACAGUUCUUUACUAGUCGUGAGAAUGGUUUAGGAGAUGCUAGCUCUCAUUGCAAGAGUGGAGUGGCAAAUGACUUUAACAAGGAAGAGUUUGGAUCAAAGAUGAGCAAGGGAACGCUAACAGGAAACUCAGUGGAAAGCAUAAGUGGUAGAAGUAGUUUGCUGUUAACACCUUCAACUAAGGAAGAAAAUGCUGUUGCUGGUCCAAACUUAAUCCAGAGCUCCAAUUCUGAUUUGCUGCACACAAAGCAGAAAAAGAUACAGAAUUCCCCUGAGAAUAUUUUAUCUAUAAGCUACAAUUCAAAACUAUUUAAUUCGUUAAUGCCGACCCCUCGGAUGACUACUUGCCAUCAUUGUGGUCUGUAUGGAGACCUAAGAUGUUCUCAGUGUAAACAGACAUAUUAUUGCUCUCCAGACUGCCAGAAGAAAGAUUGGUCUGCACAUGGUAUUGUAUGCAAGCCAAUUAAACAAAAUUUAAAGAAAAGUGAAGAUAAUGCCAAGUUGCCUGGUGAAAUUAAGGAUAAAUUUGAUUUUAAGGGCAGUUUAACCCCUGUUGAUGCACACAAGAUAGAAGAUGACAUCAAGAAAAUAAUGCUUUCUGACCUGCAAAAUCUAGGGCUCAAAAAAGCUAUGGAAAUACAGGGUACAGUCACAGAAUUCAGGAACCCAAGUGAAUUUUAUAUACAGGUCUAUUCUCCAGAAGUUUUAGAACAUAUCAGCAAACUUACUGUGAAACUGAAAGAUUGUUAUGCAAAUAUUGUUAACCAAGAGGAAUAUAUUCCUAUCAAAGGGGAAGUUUGUGUUGCAAAAUAUUCUCUGGAUCAGACCUGGAACAGAGUACUGGUAAAAAAGGUGGAUAUCUUGCAGAAGAAAGCACAAGUGUUGUAUAUCGAUUAUGGCAAUGGAGAAAAUGCUCCACUAGAUUGGAUUAAACCACUCCACAAAGACAUUGAACUGUUUCCUCCCUGUGCCAUUAAGUGUUGUGUUGCUAAUGUUGUUCCAAAACAAGGAGGAUGGAACAAAGACUGUGCUAGCAUUAUUACCCCUCUGCUCGUGGGACAGUACUGUUCGGUGACUGUUGUUGACCUAUUACAGGAGGAGAUGAUGACUUGUUUCGCUGUAGAUGUUGUCCUGCCAGGUUCUGGGAAACACCUAGAUAAAAUACUUCUCGAAAUGGGACAUGAAUUGAGUCCAAAGAGGAAAGAAACUAAGAAAACGGACCCAGAUACAGGUACUGUGUUACAAAAGGAUUCUGAGGGAGAAAGAGAAAAAACAGCUGAAGAUGAAGAACUGGUUCAGAAUAGUGUUUUAGCCAUAAAGGUUGUUUCCGUAUCCGUGGGAGAUACAUUUUCUGGUGUAGUUGCCCAUAUUCAAACACCAGCAGACUUUUUCUGUCAGCAGAUGCAUAAUGGCCGCCAGCUCGCUGAGCUUCAAGUAUCCUUGGGUGAAUACUGUAACAAAAUCCCUGCUAUCCCAAAUUUCUGUCCAGCUGUUGGAGAUGAGUGUUGUGCCCAGUUUACAGAAGACAAUCAGUGGUAUCGUGCCUCUGUUCUAGCAUAUACUUCUGAAGAUACUGCUUUAGUGGGCUACAUAGAUUAUGGUAACUUUGAAGUUCUCCAAGUGGCUAGACUUCGCCCUAUGAUUCCAAAAUUAUUGGAGUUGCCAGUGCAAGCUAUAAAGUGUACAUUAGCAGGUGUGAAGCCCCUUUCAGGAACCUGGUCCUCGGAAGCUAUUUCUCUGAUGAAACAACUAGUGCAAAAUAAAAUGAUCACUAUAAGAGUGGUGGACAAAAAGGAGAAUAGCUCUGUGGUAGAGAUUGCAGAUGAAUCUGUUACUCCAAUAAUAAAUGUAUCUAAACAUCUUUUAGAAUCAGGCCAUGCAGUGAAAGAUUCCAAGGAUGUCUUAACAAUAAAUGAAACUGUUAACACUGUGAAGGAAGUAAAUGCUGUAGGAGAAACAAUAAAUAAAAUAGAUUGGACAUGGACUAAGCUGACUCUUAAACAGACAGUAAAUGUCUUGCUGUGUACGGUGAACAAUCCUGGAGAGUUCUUCUGUCAGAUCUUCAAAGAUGAUGACUUACUUGCUCUAAAUGUACUCAACAAGUCAUUGGCAGAAUACUGCCAGCAGACUUCUACUAGUGUUUUCAAGCCUUCAGAGGGAGAACCUUGCUGUGCUUUUUUCUCUGGUGAUGGUAAUUGGUACCGUGCUUUGGUAAAAGAAGUCUCUGCAGAUGGAGCUAUUAAAGUGCAAUUUGUGGAUUAUGGAAAUGUUGAGACAGUAACUCCAGAUAAACUUCGACAGAUCACAUCAACGUUGCUAAAACUUCCAUUUCAAGGAAUUAAGUGUUGGUUAUCAGGUGUAAAACCUGUUAACAACGAAUGGCUCCCAGAAGCCACAGCAAGAUUUCAGAUGUGCGCUGCAGGAAUUAAACUUCAAGCCAGAGUAGUUUCUUUCAACAAAAGUGGUGCUGGAAUAGAGCUCAUUGAUAAUUCCACAGGUUGUCCAAGAAUAAUCAAUGAAAUUUUAAUCAGUGAAAAAUUGGCUUUAAAGGAAGGUCUGCCAAAUAAAGAUGGGCUACCAAAUACGUCUGCUGAGAAAAUAGAGCCUCAAGAAACCUCUUCUGAGCAGUGGCAGACAAUAGAAUUGCCUAUCAAUGAAACUGUAUCAGUCCGUGUAAUGGAAGUGAUAAGCCCAGACUUGUUUUAUGCUCUACCAAGUGAAACCAGAGUAGAUAAAGAGAAGUUGUGUAGGUUGAUGACUGAACUGGUAGAAUAUUGCAACACUCAGAACAGUCACUCCUUCAGACCAAAAGUUGGUGAAGCCUGUUGUGCCAAGUUUGCAGGUGAUGGCCAUUGGUACAGAGCUAUCGUUCUGGGAGUUUCUCAGUCUGAGGUGAAGGUAGCGUAUGCAGACUAUGGAUGCACCGAAACUCUACCAUUCUCUAGAGUGCUGCCGAUCACUGCACAUUACUUGAAGCUCCCUUUUCAGAUAAUUAAGUGUUCGCUUGCAGGAAUUAUGGAAUGGUCUCCAUUAAUAAUAGAUUUGCUAAAAACAUUAAUAUUGAAUAAGUGUGUCAUGAUCACAGUGAAAGGGAUCAAUGAGAAUAUUCAUGCAGUAUCUGUGGAGAAAUGUUUUGAAAACAGUAGUCUAAGUAUAGCCGACAAAUUAGUAAUGGAAGGUUUAGCCAAAUAUAGCAACUCUGGAAAUCAAAGUAUGCUUCACCAAGCCCAUGGAAAUGAGGCUAGUUGCUGUUGCACAGAAUUAAAAAAGCAAAUUGAAAAACAUGAACAGAUCCUCCUCUUUCUUUUAAAUAACCACGUGGCUCAAGAUAAGUGUAGUGAAAUGAAAAAAUUAUUACAACACUAA